ACAGUAGUGCGUAAUACGUGGUGAAACGUAACUCGAGCAUCGUGGUGGAACCGUCGAUAAGGGAGCCCGCUGACUAAAUUUAGUGGUAGUGUGUAAGUGCUCGACGAAACUUUGAACGAGUAGAGGAAGCGGCCGUGGCGAGAUUUCCUGUUACGAACGACGAAAAGGGAGACAAAAUUUCGAAGAUUCACGGUCUAUGAGCGCCAAGGGCCAAGGGGACCCUGGGGAAGAUCACGCUUCCAGGGUAGGAGCAAAGAGCCCUUGCAGCGACAUGAAGCGUGCAGUUGCCAAGAAAUUGAUUGAACGGUAUUUUUAUCAACUAACUGAUGGAUGUGGCAAUCCUGAUUGUGACAAUAAAGACUGUGCUUCAAGUGGCAAAGUAACAAAUCUUACUCCAAAUCAAGCUGCAGCACAAGCUAUUCAAUUAUUUUCCCAAGAAGCAAGACUUUGUGAUGGCACACAACCAAGUAAAGUAGCCCGAACUACUUUAGAACCGGGUCCAGCCUCUUUAGCCAAGAGCUUACCAGUUAAGAGUGUGAAUCCGACAUGUUCGGAUGAAGGGAAACAGGAUCCAUAUCUCACAGAAGCGAAGUUAUUGGACAUAAUAGAAAGAUGUAAAGCAGAGGGGUCUUAUUCGUUAUUAAUUCGUACAUUGGGAGAAGUAUUCUCAUGUGCAAAAGCAUUAAGUCUGAGUUUUCAAAAAACUGUAAAAAAUGACUCUCCCUUGGCUGCUCUUCUUGAUAGGGCGUCAGACAGAUUAUUAAAGCCUCCCGGCGAUAUGGAUAAAGAAGCAGUUCGAUCUAUUCAAGGAGAAGACAAAGAAGAAGACAGCAGUGAACCAUCACAUACAGUUCCUAAUAAUGAUGAUACCAGUGUUGAUUUACCAGCUGUGCGAAGAGCUUUUGCUGCUCUUUGGUCUUUACCAGGAGAAGUAUUCAAAUCCGCUUUGGUUAAUGCACUAGUCACUUUGGCAGAUAAUAUUGAAAUAGAUUUGAGAGUAUUUCGCACUAUGCCAGGGGAUAAUAUGGAUAGUUUGUUAAACGUAUUCUUGAUUGUAUUUGAAAUUCCUAUGCUUGGAAACAGUGAAUAUCUCGAACUUGCUCUUCACAUGCUUUGUAAAGCGCUCAGCUGUUUUCCUAUUGUGGCACAAGCUAAACUGGCACGCGUAUGGGCUAAACAUUGUAAAUCUCGGCUCCCAAGUAUUUUACAAGCUCUACAGGAAUUAAUAACGGUCAAGGUAAUAGGAGGAUCUUUUACGCGAGAUUAUUGCGUUCAAGAUGCAGACACUAUUACUGCACCAACGAAAGUGAUGAAAAUUUUGUACUAUGCGAGUAUGUUAGCCGGUGAACUAGAUGAACCUGACUUAAAUAUGGACGAGGAAGGUGAAUCUACGAGUAAUGAUAAAUCUGGAAGAUCAACAACGACGCAAGUUCCUCAGGAUCCAUUAGCUAAAGAGCUUGGAAUUACCGCAUUGGAUGCACGAAAACCAUUGAUACCUUUCACUGACUUUUAUAACGAACCACUUAGCGAUGCGAUAGAAAUGGACAAAGAUUUUGCAUACUAUAAGAGCGAAGAACCUAUGAAAUUUAGUUUUAUGAAUUACGCUUUUAUCCUCACCCCUGCUACAAAGACACUGGGCUUGUAUUACGAUAAUCGUAUUAGAAUGUACAGUGAACGUCGAAUGAGUUUCCUACAGACGUUUGUUGGGCAACCCACUAAUCCUUAUUUAAGACUAAAGGUCAGACGAGAUCGUUUGAUAGAUGAUGCGUUAGUCGAAUUGGAAAUAGUUGCGGUGGAAAAUCCAUCUGAUCUUAAGAAGCAAUUAGUCGUUGAAUUUGAGGGUGAGCAAGGUGUGGAUGAGGGUGGAGUUUCUAAAGAAUUCUUUCAAUUGGUCGUUGAAGAAAUUUUUAAUCCUGAUUAUGGCAUGUUCACGACUCAAGAAGAUACACAAAUGACAUGGUUCAAUCCAACAUCGUUUGAAAGUGACGCACAUUUCUCGCUGAUAGGUGUUGUUCUUGGCCUAGCAAUAUACAACAACGUGAUACUUGAUGUACGUUUUUCCAUGGUGGUUUAUAGAAAAUUGCUCGGUAGGAAAGGAUGCUUCGCUGAUUUGGAAGAUUGGAGUCCUACUUUGUAUAGAACGCUGAAGGAAUUGAUGGACUAUACUGGAGAUGACAUGCCAGAGAUAUUCAUGCAAACUUUCAGAGUGGCUCACAAAGAUGUCUUUGGCUCAAUAUCUUUCUAUGAUUUGAAAGAGAAUGGUGACGAGAUAUUUGUGACGCAAGAAAAUAAGAAGGAAUUCGUAGAUCUAUAUGCGGACUUUUUACUUAACAAAUCAGUAGAAAGACAAUUUAAAGCGUUCAGAUGUGGUUUCCAGAUGGUUACGGAUGAAAGUCCACUAGCAUUGCUUUUCAGACCUGAAGAGAUCGAACAACUUGUAUGUGGAAGUAAAGUGUUUGAUUUUGCGGAAUUGGAAGCAGCUACAGAAUAUGAAGGUGGUUACACCGUUGAUAGCGAAGCAGUACAGAACUUCUGGCGCGUUGCACAUUCGUUACCACCGGAAAGUCAGCGAAGACUUCUUCAGUUUACUACUGGAAGCGACAGAGUACCAGUGGGUGGUUUGUCAAGGCUGAAAAUGGUUAUCGCUAGACACGGUCCGGAUUCUGAUAGAUUACCAAUAGCUCACACGUGCUACAACGUGUUACUGUUGCCAGACUACAGUACAUUAGAGAAGUUGCAAGAUCGUCUGUUGAAAGCGAUAAACUAUUCGAAGGGUUUCGGCAUGUUGUAAAUUUGCAUAAAAAAAGCUUUGAUAUCUC